AAAACUCUAUCAUUAAAUAGUGUCAAACUGUGAUCACAUAACACCACCAAUUCAGACAACCAUUUCUCAGUUUACCAAUACCAAAAUAAUCAAAAGUCAUCAUAUAUACUCAUAGCAAUGUCUUCAUCGUCCACCUCUUGCUUCACUGGCUCUGUACUUCGGCUCCCUUCUCUUCUUUCUCCUCAGAGUAUCAAUCAGAAGUCUUUGUUGUCAGUGACUGGAAACCCAGAUAGAAUUCCUGGCAAUCGGAUUGCAUGCAAGAACUUUAACUUCUGUCCGAAGGCUAGUCUCAGAGGGAAUUUGGAAGUGACCGGACCUCCGGCGUCGGUGCCGGUGCGUGUGGCUCACGAGCUUCUUCUGGCCGGACACAAGUACUUGGAUGUCAGGACUCCUGAAGAGUUUAGUGCAGGACGUCCUUCUGGUGCAGUCAACGUUCCUUACUUGUACAAAGUUGGAUCAGGGAUGUCAAAGAACCCAGACUUCGUGAAGGAAGUGUCAUCACAUUUUAGAAAACAUGAUGAAAUUAUUGUUGGAUGCCAGCUCGGGAAAAGAUCAAUGAUGGCUGCAACUGAUCUUGUAGCUGCUGGUUUCACUGGGAUUACAGACAUAGCUGGUGGAUAUGCAUCUUGGAAUCAAAAUGGACUUCCAACAGAGUUGUGAAAGUGAAACCCGGGAAUGUUAAGGGACUAGAGGCCGAGAGAAACAAAUACGAAUAAAGUUGGCAAUAGAGCCUUGGAGAACAACCAUGCAUCAGGAACAGAAUGUACAAGAAACAUACAAUGGUAAUGUCCAAUGCAAUGUGUGUAAUUGCGUAGUUUAGUGAAGUUAAAGUAAAUCUCCAUAUUGGCAUGUAUAUAUGUAUGUACCUCAUGCGAAGUUCACAAGUCACAACUACUCAUAACUCACUGAAACCAAUUCUAAUGAAUCAAAUAAAUUCAGCCG